UGGCGCGUCCACCUCCCUCUCUUCCUCCUCUUCUUCCUCCACCACACGCGCUAUCACCCAUUCGCCUUCGCUGCGACAUCUGUUUCAUCCUUCGAAUUUGCGUCAUCUACGGUCAUCUCCUCUCUAUGCAAGCAUAAAUCUUUAACCCACCGACACCAUGUCUUUCGGCUUCGGAGGAGGAGGAACUGGAUUUGGGCAGACCAACCAGAGCUCCGGCUUCGGUACGGGCUCUGGGUUUGGAAGCUCCAACACCGGCACAGGCUUUGGCUCGACCACCUCUGCGUUUGGUGGCGGAAAUACUGGAAACACUGGCGGGAACCUCUUUGGCACCACGUCCAGCGGCUUCGGCACCGGCACUAACACAGGCUUCGGUUCCAACACUCAGAAUCAAACUACAUCCAUGUUCGGCGCCGCAAAUCAAAAUCGCACCUCUGGAUUCGGAACCAACACCAAUACUGGCGGCAGUCUCUUUGGCAGCACUACCCCAAACACUGGCGCUACCUCUGGCUUUGGUGGAACUACCGGGUUCGGGUCUACCCCCAGUGCCACCGCUGGGUUUGGUAGCAGCGCAAACACCAAUACUGGCUUGUUCGGCAACAAAACUGCCACUGGUUUCGGUACUUCGAACACAGGCACCACCGGCUUUGGCUCCUCCGGUAAUACUGGAUUUGGAGCAGGCGCCGCCAACACUGGCUUCGGUGGCACCGGCACUGCCUUCCAGGGCGCGCAGACUUGUGAAGGUACCGGCGGCACUCCUUUCAAUCCAUUCACUGAAAAGGAUGCCAACUCGACCGCGACCAACCACUAUCAGAGCAUCAGUUUCAUGCAACCUUACAGCAAGUUCUCUUUUGAAGAACUAAGACUUGCCGACUACCAACAAGGACGUCGUUUCGGUAACGCAAGUGGACAGCCCGGUGGCUUCGGUGCUCCGGCCUUUGGUUCAUCUACUGGGUUUGGAGGUCAACAAGCUACUGCUGGCUUCGGCGCCAGCACUACUCCGUUCGGUGGUGCUGCUGCUACUUCUGCGCCGUCUGGCUUCGGCACAACCCAGACCACCGGUGCUUUCGGUGGCGGCAAUGCCGGGUCAAACCCUCUCUUCGGUGCCAAGCCUGCGACGUCGAUGUUCGGCGGUGCAACCCAGACCGCUGGGCAGACAGGGUCCAUGUUCGGUGGCGGUACCGCAGCUAACACUACCGGCGGCUUCGGUGCCAACACUACAGCUACCCCUAGCACUGGGUUCGGCGCCAACACAGGCAGCUCGCUCUUCGGCAGUCAGCAGCAGAACAAGCCGGCUUUCGGCACCGGCUCGACUGGCACUGGAUUCGGUGGCGGAUUUGGUACCACCCAGGCUACCACUGCAGCCAACCCCUUUGGCAGCACUCCUGCGACCACAACACCAUUCGGAGGAGGUCAACAGCAACAGCAAGCCGCACCUGCCUUUGGCGGUGGCUUUGGUAGCACCCAGGCACAGGCUCAGAAGCCUGGUGGCCUAUUUGGUAGCGCUGGCGGUUUCGGAACGAACAACCAGCAGCAACAGACCGGCACGGGCUUGUUUGGCAACACCAGCACUGGCCAAGCGACCACUGGUGGCUCUUCGCUAUUCGGCGGUGGCCAGGCUCAGCAAGCCCAACCUGCAACCUCUUUGUUCGGCGGCGGUCAGGCCCAACAACCUGCUACGGGGACUGGUAUGUUCGGUGGCGCUCAAAACCAGCAGAAGCCCGCGACUUCGAUGUUCGGUAACACAGGCACUGCCACUACUGGCGGCGCCUUCGGCAGCAGCUUUGGUAACACCCAAGCUCAGACGGGUACCGGUGGUCUCUUCGGUGGUGCGCAGGCUCAACAGGCCAAACCUGGCAUUUUCGGCACUUCCACUACUUCCACCGGCGGUUUGUUCGGUCAGCCUGCCGCAAAUCAAACUGCUGGAAGCUCGCUCUUUGGUGGAAAUCAAAGCCAGCAACAACAGCCUGCCGGAGCCAGCAUCUUCGGCGGCUCACAGCCUGCGCAACAACAGCCGCAACAGCCUGUGCCCGGCAGCUUCCAGGCCUCUUUCAACGAUCCCAAUCCCUAUGGCAGUCAGUCCAUUUUCUCUGGCCUUCCGAGCCCGAUCGUGUCCACCCCCGGCCCUCUUGCUACGCCACUCUCCUCUAGUAUGAAGCAGAAGCAGCGAACCCCUCUGCCUGUUUACAAGAUCACCCCCAAUGCUGCCAACCGGCUCAUUACCCCGCCCAAGCGCCCUGGCUACGGGUUCUCAUACUCGACCUACGGCUCGCCCUCUAGCACUGCCAGCACUCCGGGCGCUGGCUUCAGCAGCAGCCUUUUGGGUGGUGGUGGUGGUGGCGGCAGUCUCCGUGGCAGCAUCAGUGGCAGCCUGGGUCGUAGCUUCAGCAAGAGCUACUCCACCAGCAACUUGCGCAAGUCAUUCAUUCCGGAUGAGGACAGUGUUCACUCUCCCGGUGCUCUCCUGCCCACCAGCGCUCGUAGCAACGGUGGUAGCCUCAAGCGCCUUACUAUUGACCGCUCCCUGAGAAAUGAUCUUUUCUCACGCCCAGCUAGCACCUCGCCUGCCCCCAUCGCUAAUGGUGAUGAUUUCCAUUCAGCUGACAAGCUUAAGAAGAAGGUUAGCUUUGACUCCGCUCCUUCUGGUGGCGAGAUCGUUCCCGUGGAAGCCAAGAGCCCCGAGCCCACUGCGGAGGAGCUUGGCUUCCUUCGCUCCACGCGCAAGAGCGGCACCCUUGAUGGUAUUGAUGGGGGAUUGGAGCGUCCUGAGAUGGAGUCGACCCGCCGCGACCUUGCUGUUGUUCCCGAAAACGCCGAGCCCAGCCCCAAUGGCACCUCCGCCAAGCGCUCUUCCUUCAUCCCCGGUGGCGACCCCAAACCGGGCGACUACUGGAUGUCGCCUUCCCAUGCCGAGCUCGCCAAGCUGUCUCGUGAACAGCUGAAGAAGGUGGUUGAUUUCACCGUUGGCCGUCAGAACUGCGGUGAAGUUACUUUCAACGGCCCCGUGGACCUCACAACCGUCGACCUUGACAACAUCUUUGGUGGCAUUGUCGAUAUUGGCGUUCGUAAGAUUACUGUCUACCCAGAUGAGAGCCUGAAGCCUCCUAUGGGCAAGGGCCUUAACGUUCCCUCUACCCUGCGAAUCCAGAACUCCUGGCCGCGUGGCCGCGACCGCAAGAACCCCCUGCCCAUCACCAGCGGCCCCCUCUUCGACAAGCACGUCGAGCGUCUGCGCAAGGUGACCGAUACCGAGUUUGUCGACUAUGAAACCGACACUGGCACCUGGGUCUUCAAUGUCCCCCACUUCACCACUUAUGGACUUGACUAUGACGAGGAUGAAGGUGAGAGUCUUGAGCAAAGCACCCUGGGUGCAGGCCCUGAUGACAACCGCACUCCUAAGGCUCAUCACGAUCACCCGGCGAACUUUGAGCAGUCUGCGACCUUCUCCAUUGACGAAUCGUUUGUCGGCUCUAUGGCAGGUGUUGACGAUGACACUUUUGAUUUUAAGAAGCGCAAGAUCGUCCCGGGCUCCUUCGGCAGCCAGGCCAUGCAGGCGCAUGAUGAGGAAAUGGAAUCUGAAGGCGACACCGAGUCUUUUUUAGAGGAAGGCUCCGCGGGUUCAACUACUGAGCAUGACGACGACUACGUCACCGAGAGCCAGCGAUCUGGCGACUCGACAGUUGGAUCUGAUGAGGAUCAGGCAAUGGACAUGGCGGGUUCCUUUCCCAAUCUUCAUCGCACCGUGGAGCAGGAUGACGCCCAGAGCAUCGACAGUGACCUGGACACAACCCACCCCUUUUCAAAGCCAUUUGACACCCCUGGCAAGCCGCGCCUCGACUUGAGCGGUGACUGGGCUGAACAGCUUCAGCGAACCAUCAGCCCUCGCAAGCAGAAUCGUGACGCACUGCGCGAGAUUCAGGCCAAUGCCUUUACCGAUCGACCCCUUCUGAACGACGGAUCGCCGGUCCAUAAGACAGCGGUUUCCCCCAAGAAGAAUUUCACGACCAGUAUCGACCUGAUGAACUCUCUCUUCCAGCAGCCACAGCGGAAGCAGAACGUACCCGCUACGCAGAAGGCGCAGCCCAAGGGCUUUGAGUGGCCCUACAACAAGCAACCCAAGACAUUCGCCGGAGAUUCGACGCAAAUGGACCAGAAUGAUGCCGCUUUCCACAACUCCUUCAAGCCACGCUGGGGUCCCAUGGAUUCGAUCGUUUGCGCCAGAAAUGACAUUACCGGACCUUUGUCUGAAAGCAACCAACGCUGGAAGGAGCGUUUGUCUGUCUUUAGCGAGGGGCGCGAUGUUACUGUGUUGCAGUACAGUCAGUCCCGUACUUCCAAUGCUUUGCUUGAGGUGCAAAAGAAACAGUCCACCAUCCAGCGUGUUGAUGGGACUCCCCGGGUUCGUCUAGCAAAGGCUGACCUCCGUCAAUUCGCCCUUGGCCCGGCUCAAGAUGAGGAGCAAUUGAUAUGGCAGCUGGCCAAUGUUCUGUUCAAUGAUGACAUUGAGGAUGACAUUUCUGCCGGUGUACCACCACAAUUGCGAUCGAAGUUUGCCCACCGAAUUAAAAAGGACCGAUUGACUCGCCUUUGGGAGUCUGUUAUCCGUGGAAAGCACGCCCACACGCUCGAUGCAAUUCGCUCCCCCGAAGAGCGAGCCGUCCACCUUCUUUCUUCUCACCGUGUCGAUGAGGCAUGCAAGACGUUGGUUGACAGCCAGAAUCUCCACUUGGCUACUGUGGUUGCACAGAUUGGCCGUGAUGCUACCUCACGGUCCGACAUUGCCAGUCAGAUCGACGUCUGGCGCCAGAACAACGUUUUGUCAGAGAUGACUGAGCCGGUCCGUGCUCUCUACGAGCUUGUUGCUGGUAAUGGUCUUCGGAGUGAAGGCAAAUCAGGAGGUGCGCUUGAGGACCGGACUUCGUCCUUCACCUUCAGCGAGCGCUUCGAGCUUGAUUGGUUCCAGGCAUUCGGCCUUCGCCUGUGGUACGGAACUACUGAGGAUGAGCCGAUCGAGGCUGCUGUCUCCAAGUUCCUUGACGACCUCACGACUGGACUCGAGCCUGCUUUCCCCUAUCCAUCGCACCACGCUCACACCCGAGCAAGCUUACAACCUGGUACUGAUACUCUGGGCCGUGAGUCUCCUCUGUGGGUGCUUCUCAAGGCAUACGCGGCGGCUAGUGGUCGUGCCAAUGUUCCGCCUGUGCAGUUGCCAGCAGCUCUGCUGCCAGAGUCGGUGUGCGGGGAUCGUCUUGCAAACCGCCUUUCCUUCCAGCUUCAUCAUGUUCUUGCGGCUGUUAUCGGCCAGAACGAAGCGAUGCAAAUCGACCAGACUCAGGUCGACCGCCUGGUUUGGGACUACGCCUCCGAGAUUGUCGCUGGUGGGGAGCUUGCCUCAUCCCUCUUUGUUCUUCUUCACCUCUCGCAGGCGGAAGAUCGCAAGCGUGCCGUUCAAGAUGUGCUUGCCCGCUUCGGUGCUACUCUACCCAACCCGACCGCCGAGGAUGGAUCGACUGUCGAUCCUACAUGGCUGAACCUGACUGUCGAGCUUCAACUACCCGAAGCCUGGAUCUGGGUUGCCAAGGCUCUACACGCCCACGACCGUGGUGACGCCGCUCGUGAAGUUGACUGCCUUAUCCGCGGCAAGUACUGGAACGACGCGCACGCAACCUUCUGCAGAGUCGUCGGCCCUACCGCCAUCGUUUCUCAGGACUACCACACUCUCGAGCAACUGGUCUCUGGCUUUGGUGAUGGCCCUGAGCGCAAGAUGCGCGGCUGGGCUUCUGGUGGUGGCAUCUACGAAGAUUUCCUGCGCUUGGCUAUCGCACCCCGUGGUCGGCGCGACCCGACCCGCCUUAGCCGCCUGGUGAAUGCCCUUGUUGACAUGGGUGAACGUACUCGCAAUACCAAGGGUAUGGACGGAUUAUUGGAGAGCGUCGCUUUCAAGGAGAUGAGUCGCGCUGUCGCUGGAUGGAUUACCCACGAAGAUGUUCAUUCCGUUGAGUCCUCCGCUGUCCUCGGUCUUCCCCUCAAUGGUGACGCUCGUGUUCUGCAGACGGCGGAGAUGAGCCGUCGCUAUUACGGUAUUAUCAUGGCGGGCGGUCAAUAGGUGAUCCUGGUGGCUUGUUCGGUGUCACGGCCCCACGGAUCCAAAUGCUUUCUAGAGGUGCAUGGUCAUCUACGCGUUUUAUUGUAUGCUCCCAUGGCUUCUUCGCUUCAGCGUUAAUUCUCCCUUUCCCAAAUGUCUCUUCUUACUUUCUUCUCUUUUGUGUGAUCUGAACCCGACAUGACUGUACUUUAUCAAUCGAUCACGUUUAGUGGCAUGGAUGUUGUUCUGUAGA